ACGCGUUCCCACCAGCGGACCGUCUCCCGCCCUUGUUGUGGUAGCGGCGCGAAACGUCGGACCACCACCACCACCACACGAGUCAAUAGCUUUGUGUGUCACCUCCUCGCCACGACGGAGUAGAGAGCUCAAGACCCCCCACCACCCAGACAGACGUCUACGGAGCGAACCACGAGCGGCGGCGUCCUUCCGGCAGCAGAGGACAUCCACGUGACCGGCGGCGUCUGCGUUCGAAGCGUUUGGGGGCGGCGGGGAUGGAGCAGCAGUACGAGUCCGUGGCCGAGUUGGGCGCUGGGGUCUACGGGGCCGCGACGACUUUGAAGGCUCGCGACCUCCGGGACCAGGGCCGCUUUGUGGUGCUGCUCAAGGGCCUGCGCCUGCAGACAGGCGGGGGCCCGGAGGAAGAUGCCUGGCAGCUGCUGCAGCUACAGCUGCUCACGAAGCUGGAGCACCCCAACGUGGUGAGGCUGCUGGACGUCUUUGUGGAUAUUCGUGACGAGGGCGGCGCGCGUCACGCCGUGGUCUGUGAGCUCGUAGACCAGGAUCUGUCCACCUACCUGGGGAAGUCGCCCCACACACCGUCCCACCACAUCAAGGAGGUGACGCGCCAGCUGCUGUGUGGGCUGCGCUACCUGCACGGCCACGGCCUGGAGCACCGCGAGCUCACGCCACGCAGCGUCCUGGUGACGGCCUCGGGGCGCGUCAAGCUCGCCGGCUGGGGGCUCGGACGCUUCCUCUUGGACGGCGCGAGCACGGCUCUCACCCCGGCGGUGUCCCCGUCGUGGUACCGCGCCCCGGAGCUGCUGCUGCGGGUGACCUGCGGCCCGGCCGCCGACCUGUGGAGCGUCGGCUGCAUCUUUGCUGAGAUGUUUACACGCAGGCCUCUCUUCCCCGGAGGCUCCGAUGUCGAUCAGCUGACGAAGAUAUUCGGUCUGCUGGGCGUGCCGAGCCUGGAGGAGUGGCUGCUCGGAGCCUCCCUGCCGCACGGCGACUUUGCCGCGCAAACUCAGCUCGGUGGUCGCCACUCCUACGGUCUCCACGCUGCCCCGCGGGCCCUGGUCGACUCCACGCCGGAGAUGGGGCUGGAGGUCGCGCCGGGCAACGAGAAUGUGGCGAUGGCGCUGCUGCUGGAGCUGCUGACCUUCAGCCCCCGCAAGCGCAUCUCUGCGUCUGUCGCCCUCUUCCAUCCGUACUUCUCUGAGGCCGCAGGCGUGGCCACGGGCGAGGCCUAAGGAGUAGGCCCUGGGGCAAGGCCUAAGGAGUAGGCCCCGGGGCGAGGCCUAAGGAGUUUGCGUCCUUUUUUGUUGCCCCCACCUUAAGAGGGUCGCUUGUGUUGCGCCCGAAACGUCGUCAUUCGAUUUGUUUUAAUGUUUCGCCGACGUGACUUUACCGAAUAAAAAAGCUAAAGGGUAAUAAAAGUUAA